GCUCCAGCUCAAAAGACCUUUAUGUAUGUAUGGGCUUGGGUCUGGGCCUAUUUAACGUCGAAGACCAGUUUAAUGGUAUGUUACUUGACAGAAUUGCCACUCUCCGUCUCCGCCUUGCUCCUCUCGUCUUGCUCCGACGAUCGGUGCUGCUGCUCUUUGCUUCCUUUCCGUUAAAAUUGGCAGUUGAAGGAUAGGAUUUUGCAGCCAUGGAUGAUGACAGUGCAAACCCUUUACGGAGAAUGUCGAGCCGGACUCGUAAAGUUGCUCCUAAAAUGGCUGCUGCGCUCGGCAGCACUGACAAUCGAAACCAGGCGGCUCUUGCUCGGCUGGAAGCUCUGGAAAAUGAUAAUGCGGGGAUAGAGACGGUGGAGAUUAAUGACGACGACGAGGCUUCUCUUGACGAUGAUGAUCAAGUAUACAUGCAAAAGAAACUGGCCAAGGGCACAAAAAGGAAAACCCGGCAGGCAAAAGCACUUGAAAAUGCUAGAAAGGCCCCAAGAACAUUUCUUGAACUUUUACAUGAGGCAAACCUUGAAGCCUUGCCUCCACACGUUCCAUCCUACUUGAGGGCAGCAGUUGGACCUCCAAGUUCUACCUCUCGCCGCCAUUUCUGCAGUGUUUGUGGCUUUACUGCCAACUAUACCUGUGUAACAUGUGGAAUGAGAUUUUGCUCGUGCCGUUGCCAAAACAUACAUAAUGAUACUCGAUGUCUAAAAUUUGUUGCCUGAAUUGUUAAGUCUUUGAACACAAUAAUUUUCUCAAAUGCCAGAAACAGAGGAUAAAAGAGCUUAUAUAACGGAGUAGAUGCUGAAUUGGCUUUAUUUUCUCCUAGGUCUUAGUAGGUUUCUUGAGAUUGCUUUGUUUUCUAUAGCAAUGUAUAUGGAUUGUUGUUAAAUUGUUAAUGAUAGAUUCAUUUCUGAAAAG